AUGGCCUGUCAUGACAAAAACCCUGAGGAUGUGCUUCCCACUGUGGGAUUUUCCCCUGUGGACCUGAAGAAGGGCCAGGUUGAUUUGUCCAUCUUCGACCUGGGCGGGACAGAGAGCAUCAGGGACAUUUGGAGGCACUACUUCUCCGAGUCCCAUGGUGUCAUUUUCGUGGUGGACUCCAGCGAUGUCCAACGGAUGCAGGAAACCAGGAAAGUCCUGGCCAAAGUCCUUGGGCACCCUCGUGUCGCUGGGAAGCCAGUUCUUCUUCUGGCAAACAAACAGGAUUUGAAUGGGGCCCUGCGUGAGGUCGACAUCAUUGACCGCCUGUCGCUGGAAAAAACCGUUAACCUGAACAAAUGCUACUGUAAAAUCGUACCGUGCUCGGCUGUGAAAGAGAUCGGGAAGAAAGCCAUCAAGAGCGGGCUGGCCUGGCUUUUGGAAACCGUGGCCAGAGAUUACGAUGUCAUCAGUGAGCGUGUGCAGAAGGACACGGAGGAGCAGAGGGAGAAGGAGGCUGUGGAGAGGAGAGAGCGGGUCGAGAGGGUGCGUCUGCUUCGGGAGGAGAGGGAAAACAGGGAACGGGAGGAGGCUGAACAAGAGGGAAGGACAACAGAGACAGAAAAUGAGGGCAACAUGGCUAACCUAUUCAAGCCAACAGGAGACAUCAUCUCCGAGAUGGGGGACAAGCAGAAAACAAACAAGAACAGUGAGCUACAGAUCACAAAGACUGACGCAGACAGCUGUCUAGAAAAGAAGUGGAAGUUUUGGCAGUGGAAGAAGAACAGGGUGGGGCCUCUGUCGUCAGUCUCAGCUAAAACACCUCGCCGCCUCAUGUCUGGUUUUAAACUGUUCAGGCGGAAUGCUGUGGCCCCCCUUUAAGAGCAUGUAAGAGCCUGGCUCCUCCCCCAACUGUCCUAUGUCAGAGCUUCUACUGUCUAUGACCAUGCUUUACUCCUGCUCCAGUAUUUAGACCCCAACUCUGUCCUGCUCUACCACACUAUGCUUUGAAAACAGGGAGAUGUUUUUUAGAAUUGAGUGACAUUGAAAUUAUCUUCUGCUCAGCCUUUUCGAUUUGAGCCAGAGCAGGACAUUACUCAGCAGGACAGCACCGAUAACAGCCCUCAUUAAAUAAAUCUAAAUGAUGAAGAUCGCAGGCCAGGGGAAAUGAGAGUAGGGCGUAAGAGAUGGUGUCUGUGCAGCAAGUGCUCGCCAUUGCCAACAGAGACAGAAUAGUUGUUUGUUGUAAAGAGCUCUACCUUCUAGCAGCAGUCAUUCAAAGUCACUUGACCAUAUGGAUCAAACUAUUGUUUUUGGUGAAAUUUAAACAUUGUCCCCAUUAAUUUAAUUGACAUAACGUUAUUAUUGAUCGGCAUUGUAUAUAUGAGCUCAAGCCAGUGAUAAUACUUCCUUUGAAUGCAUAAUCCCUAAUGAUCAUACACGCUGAUAUAUUAAGAUGUUUAGCUUUUGAAUCCAUCCUAUUCACAGAUAUCCGGUGUGUCAUAUCACACACAAAUUCUGAGCCAUUGUAUUGGUAUUUUUCAACAUUAUCACAACCGCUGGGCAAAACAAGUGACUUAACCUCCAGUGCAACCUUAGUCCAAAUUUCUAUUAAGGCUUAAAAUAACUGAAAUCUUUUGUGUGGUUUUAACAACACAUUAAGCCUUACAAGUCUUAACAGGUGAGGUUCCCUUUAAAAUAGAAAGGCCUUAAAGACUAACA